AAAAAUCCUUGUCAAUAACCUGCAAGGGACCUGAAUUGUCAAUGAAUUUCAUCAUCAGUUCUUGUAUUUAUCAAUUUUUUCACAAAAUAAUUCAUUUCAACAAAACUAAAUAAUGUCAUCGACAAAACGUUCAUAUGUGCCUACGGAUUCGGAUUCCGAACAAGAAGAACGGAUGAAAGAUCUUAAAGCUCGUGAUGAAUUCGCACAAAGAUUACAAGAAAAAGAUAAAGAAAAAACAAGAAAUAUAGCCGUCAAAAGUGAUAAAAAAGGCCUGGAAGAAGCAUCAAAACGGCUGAAAUUAGAAUUAGAAGAUCAAACAUUAGUUGUGCCGCAAUUACGUAAAGAAUCUCGUCGACAAUAUCUGGCCAAACGUAAAGAUGAUCAAUUAACGCUGUUGGAGGCAGCCAUUGCUGAUGAAGAAUAUCUAUUCGGCAAAGAAAAACUGACCGAAAGUGAGCAAAAACGUCAUGAUUAUAAUAAAAAAAUACUAGAACUAGCUCGGCAACAUGAUCAGGUAUCGGAAUUUGCCAAUAUACAACGCUAUCAUAUUCCAAGUGAAGAACAAACCGAGGAAUAUAAAGAAAUUGAUGACAAUGAACGGGUACCGAAUUCAGAACAACGAAAAUGGGAAGAAGAACGAUUAGGAAGUGCCCGGCUUCAUUUCGGUGCUAAAGAUGCUAAACAACAAAAUGCGGCCAAAGAAUAUGAUCUUAUUGUUGAUGGCAUUGAAAUUGAUUUUGUGAAAGCCUUAACAUUGGCCGGUGAUGAUGAUAUUAGCCAAGAUGAUGAUGAUGAUGAUAAUAAACGAAUGACAGAAAAAGAUUUGAAAAAACUGUCGAUUGAAGAAACUCGUCGAUCAUUGCCCGUGUAUCCAUUCAAAGAUGAUUUAAUCGCCGCCAUCAAUGAUCAUCAAGUGUUGAUUAUCGAAGGUGAAACUGGGUCGGGAAAAACAACACAGAUUCCACAAUAUUUGAUUGAUGCUGGUUAUUGUAAAGAUGGCAAAAAAAUUGGUUGUACCCAACCACGUCGUGUAGCUGCUAUGAGUGUCGCUGCACGAUAUAUGACUGAUGGUAUGUUAUUGCGAGAAUUUUUGGGCGAACCAGAUCUAGCAUCGUAUUCUGUGAUAAUUAUCGAUGAAGCUCAUGAACGAACUUUACAUACGGAUAUACUAUUCGGUCUGGUCAAAGAUAUUGCACGUUUUCGACCCGAUCUCAAGCUACUCAUUUCAUCCGCUACGUUGGAUGCGGAAAAAUUUAGCGAUUUUUUUGAUGGUGCACCAGUUUUUCGUAUACCUGGCCGUCGUUUUCCUGUUGAUAUUUAUUAUACAAAAGCACCCGAAGCUGAUUAUAUAGAUGCCUGUGUUGUUACCAUAUUACAAAUUCAUAUUACACAAAAACUGGGAGAUAUUCUCGUUUUUCUUCCCGGUCAAGAAGAAAUCGAACAAUGUCAAGAAUUAUUACAAGAACGUGUUCGUCGAUUAGGCACACGUGUGAGAGAACUGCUAAUCCGACCUAUUUAUGCUAAUCUUCCUACUGAUAUGCAAGCUCAGGUAUUUGAGCCAACACCACCGAAUUCAAGAAAAGUGGUAAUCGCAACAAACAUCGCCGAAACAUCAAUAACCAUCGAUAACAUUAUCUAUGUUAUUGAUCCGGGUUAUUGCAAACAAAAUAGUUUUAAUCCAAGAACCGGAAUGGAAUCUUUGGUAGUCGUGCCCAUUUCGAAGGCAAGUGCCAAUCAACGUGCUGGCCGUUCUGGUCGUGUUGCACCGGGCAAAUGUUUUCGUUUAUUUACAGCAUGGGCUUUUCAAAAUGAAUUGGAAGACUCCACCGUUCCAGAAAUUCAACGUGUUCAUCUUGGAAAUGUUGUUCUAAUGCUUAAAAGUCUUGGCAUCAAUGAUAUCAUUCAUUUUGAUUAUCUGGAUCCACCAUCAUCAGAAGCAUUGAUUAUUGCAUUAGAACAACUGUAUGCACUUGGUGCUUUGAAUCAUUUGGGCGAAUUAACACGUCUCGGCAGAAGAAUGGCCGAGUUUCCAUUAGAUCCAAUGAUGUCGAGAGCAUUGUUAGCCUCGGAAAAAUAUAAUUGCGGCGAAGAGAUGCUUACAAUUUGCUCCAUGUUGAGCGUCAAUUCAUCCGUAUUCUAUCGACCAAAAGAUAAGGCAGUGUUUGCCGAUACAGCCCGUAAACGAUUUUUUAUGCCGGGUGGUGAUCAUCUCACCUUGUUGAAUGUUUACAAACAAUGGAUGGAUUCGGCUUAUUCCAAACAAUGGUGUAUGGAGAAUUUUGUUCAAUAUCGUUCCAUGUGUCGGGCAAGAGAUGUUCGUGAUCAAUUGGAAAAAUUAAUGGAGCGCGUAGAAGCUGAAUGUAAAUCGUGCGAUAAUGAUAACAUAGCCAUACGGAAAACAAUAACAUCCGGAUAUUUUUAUCAUACAGCUAAAUUAAAUAAAGGCGGACAUUAUCGUACGAUCAAAGGAAACAACACUGUUUUGAUUCAUCCCAAUUCGACAUUAUUCGAUGAACAACCACAAUGUGUUCUUUAUCAUGAAUUAGUGUUGACCAGCAAGGAAUAUAUGCGACAAGUAAUGGAAAUCAAUCCAUCGUGGCUGUUGGAAGUAGCACCACAUUAUUAUAAACCCAAAGAUUUGGAUGAAAGUGGUACGUUUGGUAAAAAAAUGCCCAAACCAGUGGGAAAAUCGGCGGCCGAUCUAACUCGAAGUUAUUCAAAUAACGAAUGAAUCAAUUAGCAUAAUGUAAUAUUUAAUCAUUUUUGUAAAAAUUAUUCAAUUAGAAAACUUAAUUAUUCCAGAUGAUAUCUGUAAAUGAACCCCUAAUAUGCUUAUAUAAUAAAGUGAAAUAUCCUUUUAUCAAUAUUA